UCAGUUGUUCCGUGAUAUCAAUUCGUGUCGAGUAUCGCUCGAAAUUUUGGUGCCGCGUCUUUUCCCCACUCACGUCUUCGAAGAUUGAUUGAAAAAUCGCAAUCGGCGAUCCGCAAAACGCAUCCGAAUUUUUCUUUUUGCGAAAGAUCGAACGCGCUAUUUUUUUUUUCACACGGUAUUUUUAAUAAUUUUCAAAAUAACGAAACGAAAAUUCGAGCAAUGAAGAGGUGAAAUCCGAAGACGAUUGAAAUCGAACUGUAAUCCAUUAUCGGCGGCUCUCUUAUCGGGAGCGCGACAAUGAACUAAAAGUUUUCAUAUAACCAUUGCAUAAUACUGCGUCUAAUUUUGCCGUUGGUGUUUUGUCUCGAACCAUCGUUACGUAGUCGCAAAACAUAAAAAUCAAUUAUUCUAAUACGCGAUAACAAUAUACGUGUGCAAUUCGAAAAACAAUACAACGCACGCAUUAAAAUACCUGGUCACACACGUAAUCCUCUGAGAUAAGAACUCGACUGUUUCACUUUUUUUUGGAAUUUAAUUCAAUAAUUAGAUAAAAAACGCUAAGUUUUCAUUUUAAAGCUGCUCAACGAUUUUUUUAUUGUUGCGUCUGUAUCGCUGAUACGAACCUCACCCAACUCUUUCGCAACCUGUGCGUUAAGUUUGAAAAUUUAAUUUCACGAAAAUUCAAUAAUAAACAAACAAAUUUUUUUUUACUGAGUUGUGUGUGUAUGCGUGCUUGUUUAACGUGUUUAUAAUCGAAUGCUAAAACGACAUUUUCCAAAUUAGUGAUUCGGAUAUAAAAAAAAUCGAAGUUGUUGAUUUUCCGGCGUAGUCCCUGAAAAUGGCGAGAAAAAGCGAGGAAAAACGACCUCUUCUUAGCAAGACUUACGGCGCCACCGAUGGUUUCUGGGACGGCGAUGAUGACACCGACUACGAAGGCACGACGCAUCUGGUGCGCGUGCCGCGUGCGCCGGAAGUGCGACAGGAGAUCAGCUCGGUGAGAAUCGGCAUUCAGGGUAUGACCUGCCAGAGUUGCGUGAGAAACAUCGAGGGAACGAUCGGCGAGCGGUCCGACGUCGUUAGCAUCAAGGUCUUCUUGGAGGAAAAUGCCGGAUACAUCGAGUACAGGACGCAGAAGACGACGCCGCAAGAAUUGGCGGAAGCGAUCGAGGACAUGGGGUUCACCGCGACUCUGCCUGUCGACGACGUGACAAACGGCGCGCAAAAUACCUCCCUGGCGGUACCUGCCGUCAGCACCUGCAAAAUACACGUGGACGGAAUGACCUGCUCGUCGUGUGUCAACAAUAUUACCGGUGUUCUGAGCGAAAAACUCGGUAUAAUGAACGUGACUGUGAGCUUGGAAAAUAAAGAAGCCGAAGUCUCCUACAGCAGCGGCGACCUCACAGCUGAUGAGAUAGCGACGUACAUAGAGGACAUGGGUUUCACCGCAUACGUGAAAGAAACUAGUAACGGAGUUGUGAGAUCGCCGCAAUCGAACGCCGUUGCCGACAAGAAGAAGACGGAACUGCAGGCACUGCAGGCGAACGGCGGCGGUGACGUUAAGAAAGAACAUUUGUCCAAGUGCUUCCUACACAUAUCAGGUAUGACUUGUGCUUCCUGCGUCGCUGCGAUAGAAAAACACUGUAAAAAGUUGUACGGAGUGAGCAGCAUAUUAGUGGGGUUGAUGGCCGCCAAGGCGGAGGUCAUGUACGACCCUGACAAAAUAAGAGCGGCGGACAUUGCUUCAAGUAUAUCAGAAUUGGGCUUUCCCACGACUUUGAUCGAAGAGCCCGGAACCGGAGAAGGCGAGGUCGAAUUAAAAAUUAUGGGUAUGACAUGCGCCUCGUGCGUAAAUAAAAUCGAAACGACCGUGAAGAAAUUACCCGGCGUACGGUCGGCGGUCGUCGCUCUGGCGACGCAACGUGGCAAGUUCAAGUACGACAUAGAAAAGACCGGUGUCCGAGAUAUUAUCGAAAGUAUCAAUAAAUUAGGUUUCACCGCUAGUUUAUUUAGCAAUCGAGAUAAAGAGAACAGAGACUACUUGGAUCAGAAAAAAGAGAUUAAGAAGUGGCGAACGGCGUUUCUGAUAUCAUUAAUUUUUGGAGUACCGUGCAUGAUAGCCAUGACGUAUUUCAUGCUCAUCAUGUCGCUCGGCAACAAAACGCACAAAGAGAUGUGUUGCGUACUGCCUGGUCUUUCCAUGGAAAAUCUAAUUCUCUUCCUCUUUUCUACGCCAGUGCAAUUCUUCGGCGGCUGGCACUUCUACGUUCAAGCCUACAAAGCUCUGAAGCACUAUACGACCAACAUGGACGUCUUGAUCUCAAUGACUACCACGAUCUCGUAUAUUUAUUCCAUUUGUGUUCUUUCCGCGGCUAUGAUAAUGCAAGAAGACACUAGUCCGCAGACGUUCUUCGAUACACCGCCGAUGCUUCUAGUCUUCAUUAGUUUAGGAAGAUGGCUCGAACAUGUGGCGAAGGGAAAGACAUCGGAAGCUCUCUCGAAGUUGCUGUCACUGAAAGCCACGGACGCGGUGCUGAUAACAUUGGGAUCCAACAACGAGAUACUGUCGGAACGUUUGAUAAGCAUCGAUUUGGUUCAACGUGGCGACGUGUUGAAGGUGGUACAGGGCGCCAAAGUGCCCGUUGACGGUCGUGUGUUAUCCGGACAAUCAACUUGCGACGAGAGUUUAAUCACGGGCGAAAGUAUGCCGGUGCCCAAGAAAAAGGGCUCGGUUGUGAUCGGCGGUUCAAUCAAUCAGAACGGACCGUUAUUGAUCACCGCGACGCACACGGGCGAGCAUACAACGCUGGCGCAGAUCGUGCGUUUGGUGGAAGAGGCGCAGACGAGUAAGGCGCCGAUCCAGCAAUUGGCCGACAAAAUAGCCGGCUACUUCAUACCGCUGGUCAUUAUGGUCUCCGUAGUGACGCUAGUGAUCUGGAUCAUCAUUGGCUACGUAAAUCUCCAGGGGCUGCCUUUGACGCACAACGACGAGGAGAACUGGCACGGGUUGAAUCGCGAAGAGAUCAUAUUUCAGUAUGCCUUUCGGAGCGCGUUGUCGGUGCUCGCGAUCGCCUGUCCGUGUGCGCUCGGGUUGGCUACUCCAACUGCGGUCAUGGUCGGCACCGGGGUUGGCGCUUUGAACGGGAUUCUUAUCAAAGGCGCCGAACCAUUGGAAAACGCGCACAAAGUCAAAUGCGUUGUUUUUGACAAGACAGGAACGUUGACACACGGCGUUCCGAUCGUCACCAGAAUCGCUAUGUUCGUCGACGAAAAGAUGUGCUCGCUCGCGAAAUUGUUGAUGAUUAUCGGCACGGCAGAAAUAAACAGCGAGCAUCCCAUCGCGUCGGCGAUCGUACGCUACGUGAAAGAAACUAUCGGAUCGGAAGUCACAGGACAGUGCACGAAUUUUCAAGCGGUCGCUGGUUGCGGUCUCAAGUGCAAGGUGUCACAUCUGCAAGCCGCUCUGACCGAAGCACUCCGAAGCGAGAAGAUCGUCAGCUUCACAAAGCAAAGUAGCAACGCGUCCGACGAAGCGUAUCUCAACAACGUGCCUAUCGACAUUGUGCCAAUUGCCGUAGAGAAACAAAACGCGGAUCUGCAGUUGCUGCUGAGUCCCGACUCGCAGGGCGAUCACAAUAUCGCCGAUGAUGUGUACGAGGUUUGCAUCGGUAACCGGGAAUGGAUGCGUCGAAAUGCGAUCAAUAUCCCACAAACGAUCGACGGGAGAAUGAUCGCCGAGGAGGAUUUGGGACGCACCGCCGUUCUAGUCGCCGUGAACAACGUUCUAGUCGCUAUGGUCAGCGUAGCUGACACCGUAAAAGCCGAGGCUCAUCUCGCUGUGUAUACUUUGAAAAAAAUGGGCUUGCAGGUGAUUCUCCUGACCGGCGAUAACAGAAAAACUGCAGCUUCGAUCGCCAGACAGGUCGGCAUUACCAAAGUUUUCGCGGAGGUGUUGCCCUCUCACAAAGUGGCGAAGAUCCAGCGACUGCAAGAUCAGAACAUGAGAGUCGCUAUGGUUGGCGAUGGGGUUAACGACAGUCCGGCUUUAGCCCAGUCGGACGUCGGUAUUGCUAUCGCGUCGGGCACCGACGUUGCUGUGGAAGCCGCCGACGUGGUUCUGAUGCGCAACGAUCUGUUGGACGUAAUCGCGUGUCUAGAUCUUUCAAGAAAGACGGUCCGCAGAAUAAGACUGAAUUUUAUAUUCGCCAGUAUCUACAAUCUUCUAGGCAUUCCCAUAGCUGCUGGAGUAUUUAGCUCCUACGGUUUCUUUCUGGAACCGUGGAUGUCCUCUGCUGCUAUGGCGUUAAGUUCAGUAUCAGUGUUAGGAAGUUCUUUGUUGUUGAAAUUGUAUCGUAAACCAACCAAAACCACGUUGGAAACAUUGGAAUAUCGAGAGGCCGCGUUGGCGCACUCCAAGGCACGAAUGAUCGACUUGGACGCGAUAUCAAUCCAUCGUGGAUUGGAUGACACCUCAGUGGAAGUGAUGAAAAGAUCGAUGUCCACAUUAUCCAGAAUAUUUGGAAAGUCAAAGCUCGAUAUAGAAGAUCAUCUUCUGGGCGACGAGGUAGACGAGAUCGAUGUGGAGUUGUCAAAUUAUCGUAAAAAGGGUACUAUGAAUAUAACUCCCGUGUAAACUCUCAUCUUUGACCAGCGUUUUUUCCUCUGUUAUAGCUUCCAUUCCGCAGUAAAUUGUCAGAGCAUUGUCUACUCUCGUUUUUGUUACAAUACUCGUACAGUGUGUGUCUAUAAUGUCUGUCCGUCUUGAGUUGUAUCUGUCUCUUAAUUUUAAAACUUCGCUUCAUCAAGAAAGCGAUGCUAGUUCGCACAAGACUCUGUUGCUUCGUUUCUUGAAUGAUUUUUAACGUCGAACGCAUAAAACUGAUAUAUAUUUUAUAAACAGAUUUUGUACAUACGUUAAUUACGAAUUAAUUAAUGACAGAGUAACAGUACUUUUUCAUCGCAGUAAAAUAUAAUUCUUACUAGCACACACUUCUGUGCAUAUAACACACUAAUGUACUUAAAUAAUAGACAAAAAAACAAUUGAACGGAAAUCAUUUCUAAAUGUGUUCUAAAAAGUAUAAUAUAUUUUCUUAUAUAUAUAUAUUAC